GUCAUGACAAUCGAAGAAUUCGUUAAUAUUAAAAGAUAUAUGAAAAAUAUACACAAGUUUAUUAAAAAAAUAGUUAUUUCGGAAUAUUUGAUGUCCGUACAGGAAAAAUGAAUAACUUUGAUAUAAAAGAUGAUUGUAACAUUCCAGAGUUGAUAGUAAAACUUUGUAAAUAUUUGGCUUCAAACAAUGAAGCACUAUCCUCAAAACUGGUUGAGAGGGCUUUCAGAUGGUUAACUUCAACAUCUACAACUAGUGUAAGCAUGCCCUCACAUGAACCAUUGCUUUUCAAUCAAAUUAGAGACUUAUUAAAAUCACGAUCAGUUGAUAAUGCUGAAAAAUUUGAAUUGCUUUACAGUAAUAUCUCAAAAUCAGGGGUUAUAAAGGAUAAAGCUGCUCUUCUAAGUUUUUUAUAUAAUGUCUCUGUCCCAUGCAAAGAAGUUUCAUUUUCCUCAUUGACAAAUCAAUUAGAGUUAAAUAAAAAGUUAUGUUCAAGCAAGAACAUGUCUCAUGUCCAUUUAAGCAAUAUUUUAUCAAAUGAUAGUACUAGUAUUCGAAAUAUAUUUGAUAGAGGUGAAAGAAAACAUAAUGAAAAUUCAAUGUCAACUGUUUUGAGGGCAAAUUCCCAAACUACAACAGCAUCUUCUGUAGGUUGGUCACAGCAUGAUAUUCCAUCUUCAUCGAAAUCAUUCUAUCCAUCUCUGAGUGAACAAGAACUACUUCAAGAUGUUAUAUAUGGUUUACACGGUAUUCAAGGAAAAUAUUUACGAAGAGAACCAUGUGGUUUAGGGUAUAGUUUAGAUCCUAAAGCCACAAAAGCACUCUUGCCAACACAGAGAAGCUUAUUAGAAAGAAUAAUUGGUAUGAGUUUCUUACACAAACAGUUAAAGCAGUAUUGUGAAGGAAAUGAAAAACAAAGUGGUACCAUUUGCCAAGCUUUUACUGCUACUCUAAAUGAUGAGUUAUCUGAAUACUAUAAGACUGUAGCUUUAUUACAAGCGAAUGUAAAUAAUCAAUCAGAAAUGACACUGAGAAGAGCGCUAUAUGUUUUGCAAGAACACAGAAUUAGAUUUGAGUGGUUAGCUUAUAUUGCAGAACAGUGCUGUGAUAAAAAGGGAGGUGCCCUUAUAACUGCCGUUCACGGGUUUUUACAACAUGGCUCGAAAACUGCCCAAGAGGUAUCAGAAAAAGUUCUAAAGGCAGUCUGCAAACCUCUUUACAUUAUGUUAUCCAGAUGGUUAUUAGAUGGUGAAAUUAAUGAUCCAUGUAAUGAAUUUUUUAUCGAAUCUAAAAAUAUGGUUGCUGCAGAAAGACUGUGGCAUGAUAAAUAUAACGUUAGGAAGUCUAUGAUUCCAUCAUUUAUCAAUAUGGAACAGGCUAACAGAAUAUUAGCCACGGGAAAGAGUAUUAAUUUUCUUAGACAGAUAUGCAAAGACGAUGGUCAGCUCCCUGGUCGUGAGGCUUUACAUAAAUUGUUUAACAAUACAUCAGCUGAAGCAUUGUUCACUCCAGAACAAAGUAUCGAUUUCCAUUCAACCCUAGAAAAUGUUUACAAGGAGACAUCUUUAAGAGUACUGGAUUUGUUAAAGAACAAAUUUAAAUUGUAUGAGCAUUUACAAUCGCUUCGUAGAUAUCUACUUUUAGGGCAAGGCGAUUUUAUCAGACAUUUACUAGAACUAUUAGCUCCCGAAUUAAAUAAAUCCGCUGUCGAUAUUUAUGGGCACACGCUCUCCGCCAUACUGGAAUCAGCUAUAAGAGUCACCAAUGCCCAAUACGAGGACGAGGACACUUUGAAGCGCCUAAAUAUUAGUUUUAUGAGUCAUUCGAUAGGGGACACGGGCUGGGAUGUGUUCAGUUUGGUUUAUAUCGUCGACGGACCGAUAGGAACGAUUUUCCAACCCACAAUGCCAAUCUAUCAGAGUUUGUUUGGCGCAUUGUGGAAAGCCAAACGAACCGAGUAUGUAUUGGCCAAUAUGAGAAGGCAACAGCUUUCGAUGGCAAAAUUGUUUAGGAAAAUACGGGAAUUGAAGCCAGUCAUGCACAUAAUCCAUAUAUUAACGAGUAAAAUGAUUCAUUUUAUCCAUCAGACCCAGUAUUAUUUCUUGUUUGAAGUGUUGGAGUGUUCGUGGGCUGAAAUGCAAAAUCAUGUGAAUAAGGCCCAUUGUUUGGACGAUAUUAUUACCGCUCAUUUGAAUUUUCUAACGUCGGUGCAAAGGGGAGUUUUACUGGAUGAAAAUUCCAGACAACUCUUCUCCCAUCUAAUUUCGAUCUACAACUUCGUGGUCAAGUUGGAGAACCACCAGGAGGCGAUAUACACGGCGGCCGAGGAGGAAUUCUCCGCCUACGCGGCCUAUCGCAAAAAGGCCGACAGCCGCGUAGGCUUCGAGUUGAACGCCGACCUGAAGGCGGCCGCCAAACUGCGCGCGGCCAAGUUCCACCAGUUCCUCAACGCGACCAAGAUCAAAGUGAAAACCACCGUCCAAACGUACGACACCAUCGUCACCAAGUUCCUGGAGCUGCUGGCCUCCAGCGCCAACAUGAAGCUGCAGCUGCUCAGCGUCAGGCUCAGCUUCAACAGUUUCUACAAGAUUGCCUGACUAGGGGCGGAUCGAUCCCGGUCACAAAGCGUCGCUUCCUUGCCUCCACUCUCUUCCGCGAUCGACGCGUAUUUUCAGCUCCGCACCGCGGCGGCAUGCGAAGAGGGCAAGACGGGCUCUUGGACGUCUCCAAGCACCGACAGUUACGGCAGUUUGACGUCGCUGAUAGGCGGCAAGCGAAAAAAACCGAAACGGAAAAUUUGAUGUUGCGUGGGUUGAAGCUAGGAAUGGGCGAUAAUAAUUACCUAUCGAUAAUAAUUAUCUAUUACACAGGGUGGUCCGAAUUGUAUUCGGGAAACCUCGGCAGCGUGUUCUGCAGGUAAAAAUAAUUAAAAAAGUUCGUAUAAGUGUAUGUUC